AUGUCACGCACACUAUCCGUCUUCGUGUCAUCAUCCCUUGAGCAAACAAGUACUCACUCUCGUCCUGGGGGUAUAAAAUGCCUGCUAGUCAGUUCCAUAUUCCCCAGAGAAGCCCUCAAUCUUCAGCCAACCUCCAGUACUCCUUACUCAGUUGAAAUGUAUACUCGCGCCUCCGUUCUUCUCUUCCCAGUAUAUGCCCUCGCUUCCCUCGCCGCAGCUGCCCCAGGGGCUCUGGAUGCCCGUGGCGGCGGUUCGUGCACCUCCGGUAGUACGCUGUGCUGCAAAACGGUAGUCUCUGACAACGCGGCCGGCGUUGCGCUGAUCGAAGCACUUGUGGGCGCCACUAUCGAUCCCGUCAUUGGGCCUCUUCUUGCGACCGGCUGUAUUGCCACCGUUGGUUCCUGCAUUGGUCAGACGGUCUGUUGCGAAAGCAGCCAGGAUAACAAUCUCGUCUACGUUGGCUGCAACAACAUCGCUUUGUAG